GUGACGCGGACAGGAUCAUGUCGGGGAACUGCGGUGUGGUGGCGAUCUGCGUGACCCACCCGUUGUGGCCCUUGAGCGUUCCCCGCAGCGUCAUCUGCUCCGUCAUGGCUGCGGAUGGCUCCGGUACCGUCGGUGGCACCGGAUGGAACCGGAUGGAACCGGUGGGACCGGCGGAUGGCGGCGGAUGGAGGCGGAUGGAGGCGGAUGGAGCGGAGCGCCGGGCUGAGGCGUGCGGCCUGCGCACGGAGCGGAGCGGAGAGGGGGGCUUCCGGCGGAAGCGGAAGCUGCUGGGGCUGGUUCCAGUUGGGAAGUGAACUGGAUGAUGGACCCAGCCGGAUGGGAUGCAGAGCUCCAGAGCGACGUGGAACUGGGAAUGCUCCCGGAGCAGGGAACGGGCUCCCUGCCAUCCUGCAGCAUUCCCAAGCUUUGUGGCUCUCUCCUAGAGGGAUGUGACAUGGAGAACGGUGAACUCACAGCAGAGAUAGCAGAGAGCCUGAGCUCCCAGCUGGAGGAACGGGACAGGAGGAUCAGCAAACUCACAGCGGAGCUGGGUGAACGGGAUGCCAGGAUCAAGGAACGCGACCGGAAAACCACCAGACUCGCUGCCGAAGUCCGGCGCCUCACUGCUCUGCUGGGAGACCGGGAUUCGAGGCUCCGGAAACUCACUGCAGAACUCACUAAAUGUGAUGCGACCAUCAGGAUCUUCACGGUGGAGCUGGGUGAGCAGCACACAAAGAUAGGGGAACUCACUGCAGACAUCAAGGAAUGCGGCCGGAAGCUCCGUAAGUGCCUCCCUGUUAUCCACCUGGAAUUGUGUCCCUAUGGAAAAGGCUCAGCCCCAAUCCCUGCCCUUCCCCCUCUGUUUGCAGGGAAACAGGCUGCUGAGCUCGAGGAACGGGAUCUGAUCAUCUGGGAAAACGAAGCUGAGAUCCGGCGCCUGAGGGAGCUGCUGGGUUUUCCCGACCACAGAUCCCAUAGGAACAGGGCUGAGGAUGACAUCAACCCGGAUCCCUUCCCUCUUGCGGAGAGCCAGGAUUCAGGAAUGCAUGGAUCUCCCAAUGAGCUCGAGGACAGAGACCUGGAACGAGAGCUGGAGGAUCGGGACAGACACAUAGGAGAGAUCACGGAAGAGCUUGCGGAGCAGAGCACACGCAUCGAGGAACUCACAUUGGAGCUGGAGACCCGCGAGAGGAGGAUUGAGGAACUCACUGCAGAGCUGGAGGAAUACAAAGCCAAAGCACGAAGGUGCCUGCAGGAGCACAGGAAGGAAGAGGAGACAAUGGCCCAGGUGACCCUGGACCCCUCCAGCGCCCACCCUCGCCUGGUGCUAUCCCCCGACCACCGCAGCGUGCGCUGGGAAUUCCACCUGGAUCCUCCUCCCGACAUUCCCGAGCGCUUCGACUCCGACCCCUGUGUCCUGGGAUGCGAAUCCUUCUCCUCCGGCCGCCACUGCUGGGAUGUGGAUGUCUCCCAAGGGCAGUUCUGUGCUGUGGGCAUCACCAGAGCCUCGGUGAGGAGGAAAGGCUCCAUCACCUUCAGCCCUGAGCAAGGCAUCUGGGCCCUGCAGCAAUGGGGCUUCCAGAGCCGGGUCCUGGCCUCGCCCCCGCUGGUGUUGAGGCUGGCGAGGGUGCCGCGGCGCAUCCGGGUGUCCCUGGAUUAUGAGGGGGGGGAGGUGAAGUUCUGGGAUGUGGAGAACCAGGUUCCCAUCUUCACCUUCCCAUCGGCCUCAUUCCAUGGGGAGAGGCUCCGGCCUUGGUUCUGGCUGGAGCUGGGCUCCAUCUCCCUGCGCUGACGGCAGCCGGAGCUGUGGGGAGCCUGGGGUGGAUGCUGUGGGUGGCAGCAGCCGUGUCUCAUUGUCCUCUGUGCCCCUCUGGUAUCCCUUUGGUAUCCCUGAUAUCCCUUUG